GGAGGAGGAAGAGGCGGAGGAAGCGGAGGGGGAGUCGCCGCUUCCCAAGCACUCGCCGAGGGGGCUGUGCGCGGCUCUCGGCCCUCGGCCCUAGGACGCCCGCCGCCGGGAGUCCGGACCCGGGCUGCCCGUGGCCCCCCGUCCCCCUCCCCCGCCCCGCGCCGACCGGGAACAAAGUUGCCGAGAGCGACUGGGCCGGAGGGCUGCAGCCCCGGCUGGGUGCGCUGGCCGCGGCGGCGCCGGCGCCGGGGCAGCUCCGCUCCUGGCGCGCUGAUGGGGGGAGGCGGCGGCGCUGGAGCCCACGGCGGCGGCGGCGCGGCGGCCCGGGGGGAUGCAGCAGCAGUCGGGAGGGACGGCCGAGUCCAAUAGACCGAGACUAGGAGCGGCAGGCACGGCGGCGGAGACGAUCGCGCUAAGCAGCGCCCGGACCUGAGCCAGUCGCCCCCUCGUCGGCUGCGGCGCCCAAGUGCCCGAGGACUAGGGACGCGGGAGAUCGAGUGCUUCGCGGAGACUCCCGGGCGGCGGGGCGAGCCCCUGAGAGGAGGGGGCGACCCUCCGCGCGAGAGGGGAGAGGAGGCCCCGUCUGCCUGCAAGCCUUUCGCUUCCUUACAGUCGCUCGUGCCUCCCUAAGAAUAACUCAGGCCCGCCGGGGCCAGCAGGAGACGCCACCGUCCCCCGAGUGGAGCCGGGGGAGGCGUGCCGAGCCAGGCCCGGAGGGAGCCGGGCGCGCCAGGAAGCCUCUCCCGGCCGAGCGGCGAGAAGAGGAGGAGGAAGGGGAGUUCCCGGCCGCCGGGCGCCCGCAGGGACCCUCCGGGCCGCGGUCUCUGGAGCUGCGCGCCACCCGCCCCCUUCGCGCGGCCUCGCUCUCCUGCCGGGUCUCCUGCGCGCCCGUCCCGCGCUCGGGGCCGCCGGGCCCGGCGGAGCCGCCCCCCCGUAGGCCCCGCCGCCGCCGCGGUUUGGCUUCCCAGCCUCAGGCGGGCGGGCGGAGCGCGCAGGGCGGAGUCAGCGGCUGCGCUGGGCCGGGAGGAGGCCGCGAGGGUGCGGAGCGGCCCCGGCCCGGCCCACGGGGGGAGAUGGCGUCCUACGUGGAUAACAGCUUCCGCCAGGCGGUGAUGAAGAACCCCGCCGAGAGGACCCCCCAGGAUCUGGAAAUAGUAUAUUCCUAUUUACAUGGUAUGGAAGCCUUAUCAAACUUGAGAGAGCACCAACUUAGGUUAAUGUGUGAGACUGUGAGAUAUGAAAGACACGAAGCAAAUGAAGUUUUAUACUAUCCUGAUGAUAUUGGGACCUGCUGGUAUAUACUUCUCUCUGGUUCCGUGUUCAUUAAGGAAUCCAUGUUUCUUCCAAGAAGCAGUUUUGGCAAGCGUUCUGCAGGAAGCUUUAGGCGUGGCUGUGAAUGCAUUGUUUUAGAGCCUUCUGAAAUGAUUGUGGUGGACUAUAUGGAUGAAAAUGAAGAAUAUUUUCAGCGUCAAGCUUCUCAUCGACAAUCUCGAAGGAGAUUUAGAAAAAUCAACCAGAAAGGUGAAAGACAAACAAUCAUUGACACUGUGGAUCCUUAUCCUGUGGGCAAACCACCUUUGCCUCGAGGCUAUCAUACGGAAUGCACUAAAUCUCAGGUGAUGGAGAACCUUGACUGGAAAAAUGCCAGAGGGAAUGAAAAGGAAGAGAGAGGCAUCAGUAAGCUUCCUGCAGAUUUCACAAAACUACACCUUACUGAUAGUCUCCACCCACAGGUGACGCACGUUUCUUCUAGCCAUUCAGGAUGUAGUAUCACUAGUGAUUCUGGAAGCAGCAGUCUUUCUGAUAUCUACCAGGCCACAGAAAGUGAGGCUGGUGAUAUGGACCUGAGUGGGUUGCCAGAAACAGCAGUGGAUUCUGAGGACGACGAUGAUGAAGAAGACAUUGAGAGGGCAUCAGAUCCUCUGAUGAGUAGGGACAUUGUGAGAGACUGUUUAGAGAAGGAUCCUAUUGACAGGACGGAUGAUGACAUUGAACAACUCUUAGAAUUUAUGCACCAGUUGCCUGCUUUUGCCAAUAUGACCAUGUCGGUGAGACGAGAGCUCUGUGCCGUGAUGGUGUUCGCAGUGGUGGAAAGAGCUGGGACCAUAGUGUUAAAUGAUGGUGAAGAGCUGGAUUCCUGGUCAGUGAUUUUGAAUGGUUCUGUGGAAGUAACUUAUCCAGAUGGAAAAGCAGAAAUAUUAUGUAUGGGGAAUAGUUUUGGUGUCUCUCCUACCAUGGACAAAGAAUACAUGAAAGGAGUAAUGAGAACAAAAGUGGAUGACUGCCAGUUUGUCUGUAUAGCCCAGCAAGAUUACUGCCGUAUUCUGAACCAAGUAGAAAAGAACAUGCAAAAAGUUGAGGAGGAAGGAGAAAUUGUUAUGGUAAAAGAACACCGAGAACUUGAUAGAACCGGAACAAGAAAGGGGCACAUCGUCAUCAAGGGCACCUCAGAAAGAUUAACAAUGCAUUUGGUAGAGGAGCAUUCGGUGGUGGAUCCAACAUUCAUAGAGGACUUCCUGUUGACCUAUAGGACUUUUCUUUCUAGCCCAAUGGAAGUGGGCAAAAAGUUAUUGGAGUGGUUUAAUGACCCGAGCCUCAGGGAUAAGGUUACACGGGUAGUAUUAUUGUGGGUGAAUAAUCACUUCAAUGACUUUGAAGGAGAUCCUGCAAUGACUAGAUUUCUAGAAGAAUUUGAAAAUAACCUGGAAAGAGAGAAAAUGGGUGGACAUCUAAGGCUGUUAAAUAUUGCAUGUGCAGCUAAAGCAAAAAGAAGAUUGAUGACGUUAACAAAACCAUCCCGAGAAGCUCCUUUGCCUUUUCUCUUACUUGGUGGCUCAGAGAAGGGAUUUGGAAUUUUUGUUGACAGUGUGGAUUCAGGUAGCAAAGCAACUGAAGCAGGCUUGAAACGAGGAGAUCAGAUAUUAGAAGUAAAUGGUCAAAACUUUGAAAAUAUUCAGCUGUCAAAAGCUAUGGAAAUCCUUAGAAAUAACACACACUUAUCGAUCACUGUGAAAACCAAUUUAUUCGUAUUUAAAGAACUUCUAACAAGAUUGUCCGAAGAGAAAAGAAAUGGUGCCCCUCACCUUCCUAAAAUUGGAGACAUCAAAAAGGCCAGUCGCUACUCCAUUCCAGAUCUCGCUGUAGAUGUAGAACAGGUGAUAGGACUUGAAAAAGUAAAUAAAAAAAGUAAAGCCAAUACUGUUGGAGGAAGGAACAAGCUAAAAAAGAUACUCGACAAGACUCGGAUCAGUAUCUUGCCACAGAAACCAUAUAAUGAUAUUGGGAUUGGUCAGUCUCAAGACGACAGCAUAGUGGGAUUAAGGCAGACAAAGCACAUCCCAACUGCGCUGCCUGUCAGUGGAACCUUGUCAUCCAGCAAUCCUGACUUGUUGCAGUCACAUCAUCGCAUUUUAGACUUCAGUACUACUCCCGACUUGCCAGAUCAAGUGUUACGGGUUUUUAAGGCUGACCAGCAAAGCCGAUACAUCAUGAUCAGUAAGGACACCACAGCAAAGGAAGUCGUCAUUCAGGCCAUCAGGGAGUUUGCUGUGACUGCCACCCCGGAUCAGUAUUCGUUGUGUGAGGUCUCCGUCACACCUGAGGGUGUCAUCAAACAAAGACGACUUCCGGAUCAGCUUUCCAAACUUGCUGAUAGAAUACAACUGAGUGGAAGGUAUUACUUGAAAAACAACAUGGAGACAGAAACUCUUUGUUCAGAUGAAGAUGCUCAGGAGCUGUUGAGGGAGAGUCAAAUUUCCCUCCUGCAGCUCAGUACUGUUGAAGUUGCCACACAGCUCUCCAUGCGAAAUUUUGAACUUUUCCGUAACAUUGAACCGACUGAAUAUAUAGAUGAUUUAUUUAAACUCAAAUCCAAAACCAGCUGUGCCAACCUGAAGAAAUUUGAAGAAGUAAUUAACCAAGAAACAUUUUGGGUAGCAUCUGAAAUUCUGAGAGAGACAAACCAGCUAAAGAGGAUGAAGAUCAUUAAGCAUUUCAUCAAGAUAGCACUACACUGCAGGGAAUGCAAGAAUUUUAACUCAAUGUUUGCAAUCAUCAGUGGCCUAAACUUGGCGCCGGUGGCAAGACUACGAACCACCUGGGAGAAACUCCCCAAUAAAUAUGAAAAGCUGUUUCAAGAUCUCCAAGACCUGUUUGACCCCUCCAGAAACAUGGCAAAAUACCGCAAUGUCCUCAACAGUCAAAACCUACAGCCUCCCAUAAUCCCCCUAUUCCCAGUUAUCAAGAAGGAUCUCACAUUCCUUCACGAAGGCAAUGACUCAAAAGUCGAUGGGCUAGUCAAUUUUGAGAAGCUAAGGAUGAUCGCAAAAGAAAUUCGUCAUGUUGGUCGCAUGGCUUCAGUUAACAUGGACCCUGCCCUCAUGUUCAGGACUCGGAAGAAGAAGUGGAGGAGUUUGGGGUCUCUCAGCCAGGGUAGUACAAAUGCAACAGUGCUAGACGUUGCUCAGACAGGUGGUCAUAAAAAGCGGGUACGUCGUAGUUCCUUUCUCAAUGCCAAAAAGCUUUAUGAAGAUGCCCAAAUGGCUCGAAAAGUGAAGCAGUACCUGUCCAAUUUGGAGCUCGAAAUGGAUGAGGAGAGUCUUCAGACAUUAUCACUGCAGUGUGAGCCAGCAACCAACACGUUGCCUAAGAAUCCUGGUGACAAAAAGCCUGUCAAAUCGGAGACCUCCCCAGUGGCCCCAAGGGCAGGGUCGCAACAGAAAGCACAAGCCCAGCCUCAGCCCCAGCAGCCACAGCCCCAACAUAAAAUCAACCAGGGACUGCAGGUUCCGGCUGUGUCCCUUUAUCCUUCACGAAAGAAAGUCCCCGUAAAGGAUCUCCCACCUUUUGGCAUAAACUCUCCACAAGCUUUAAAGAAAAUUCUUUCUUUGUCUGAAGAAGGAAGUCUGGAGCGUCAUAAAAAACAAGCAGAAGAUACUAUAUCAAAUGCAUCUUCACAGCUCUCUUCUCCUCCCACUUCUCCACAAAGUUCUCCAAGGAAAGGUGGCAGUGGCAAUCAGCUGAGAUCUUUUGGCCCCGGGCAGCUGGACUUAACCAGUUCCUCCUCUUCUCUUGGAAGUGAGAACAGUAACAAGAAUAACAAUGCACCACGGACCUAUGGGAUAGGCUACACCUUGGCUCCCAGUGGUACCGUGGAUAAUUUCUCAGAUUCUGGUCACAGUGAAAUUUCUUCCCGAUCCAGCAUCAUCAGCAACUCUUCCUUUGACUCAGUGCCGGCCUCGCUGCACGAUGACAGGCGCCAGAGGCAUUCUGUCAGCAUCGUGGAAGCAAACCUCGGCGUGGGAAGGAUGGAAAGGCGAACUAUGAUCGAACCAGACCAGUACAGCUUAGGGUCCUAUGCACCAAUGUCCGAGAGCCGAGGCUUAUAUGCUACAGCUACAGUAAUUUCUUCUCCAAGCACAGAGGAACUUUCCCAAGACCAAGGGGACCGGGCUUCACUCGAUGCUGCUGACAGCGGCCGUGGGAGCUGGACGUCGUGCUCCAGUGGCUCCCAUGAUAACAUACAGACCAUCCAGCACCAGAGAAGCUGGGAGACACUUCCAUUCGGGCACACUCACUUUGAUUAUUCAGGGGAUCCUGCAGGUUUAUGGGCCUCCAGCAGCCAUAUGGACCAAAUUAUGUUUUCCGAUCAUAGCACAAAGUAUAACCGGCAAAAUCAAAGUAGAGAAAGUCUUGAACAAGCCCAAUCCCGGGCAAGCUGGGCAUCGUCCACAGGAUACUGGGGAGAAGACUCAGAAGGUGACACAGGCACAAUCAAGCGGAGGGGUGGGAAAGAUGUUUCCAUUGAGGCUGAAAGCAACAGCAUGACCUCUGUGACCACAGAAGAAACCAAACCUGUUCCCAUGCCGGCCCACAUAGCUGUGACAUCGAGUACCGCAAAGGGACUCAUUGCGCGGAAGGAGGGCAGGUAUCGAGAGCCGCCACCCACCCCUCCCGGCUACAUUGGAAUCCCCAUCACUGACUUUCCAGAAGGGCAUUCCCACCCAGCCCGGAAACCUCCAGACUACAACGUGGCACUUCAGAGAUCUCGGAUGGUCGCCCGACCCACGGACACGGCUGGGCCUUCGCCGGUACAGCAGGCGCACGGGCAUCCAGCCGGCGGCAGGCCCGUGAGCAAACCGCAGUGGCAUAAGCCCAACGAGUGCGACCCGCGCCUCGCCCCGUAUCAGUCUCCAGGCUUUUCCACCGAGGAGGACGAAGAUGAACAAGUAUCUGCUGUUUGAGGCACAGGCUUUUUCUGGAUCCAGAGUCAGCCACCUUUAAAAGGAGAGCACAAGAAGACGUCCCUAGCAGCGGAGCCUUGGAACUCACAUUCUGAGGCCGGUGGACCAGUUUGCCUCCUUCCCUGCCUUAAAAGCAGCAUGGGGCUUCUUCUCCCCUUCUUCCUUUCCCCUUUGCAUGUGAAAUACUGUGAAGAAAUUGCCCUGGCACUUUCCAGACUUUGUUGCUUGAAAUGCACAGUGCAGCAAUCUUCGAGUUCCCACUGUUGCUGCCUGCCACAUCACACAGUAUCAUUCCCAAUUCCAAGAUCAUCACAACAAGAUGAUUCACUCUGGCUGCACUUCUCGAUGCCUGGAAGGAUUUUUUUAAAUCUUCCUUUUAGAUUUCAAUCCAGUCCUAGCACUUGGUCUCAUUGGGAUAAUGAGAAAAGCUAGCCAUUGAACUACGUGGGGCCUUUAACCCAUCAAGGAAGACAAAGAAAAACAAUGAAAUCCUUCGAGUACAGUGCUUUGUCCACUUGUUUACAAUGUCUUUUUUUUUUUUUUUUUUUUAAGAAAUGAAUUGAAAGAUUGUGCUCAGAGAGUAAAUGUUAUAUCCAUUUAAUGAUUACAGUAUUAUUUUGAACCUUUAAGUCGGGUUGCCAGCCUGGGUUUCUGAAAAACCAAAUAUGCCGGACAGGGUGUGGUCACAGCGAGGAGAGGGAAGACCUGGCUUGCGACCCUGUCUUCCUGGGUCCAUCUGGCCUCACCCGUGAAGUGCCCUAUCCUGGAAGUAGAAGAGGUUAGCCAAUUACGUAGAUACCAAGACGCCUCAUCCACUCCUUCCCCAGUGGGUGGGGUUCUUCUGUAAAACUGUUUGCACAUGGCCAGGGGAGGGAGAUGGGACUCUUGUGUCCUGUGUCUGAGCCUUAUGGAGUGCAGGGCGGUGUCAUUGGAGGGCGGGUCCUGCUCCCUUGAGAUGGAUGGCAAACCCCACUUUUUUUUAAGUUAUGUUUCUUUGAUUUUUGUUAAAUUAGUUUUAGGGAUUUUGUUGUUGGUGGUCGUUUUUAAAGAGAAACGUUCAUAACUGGAUAGCCCUGCAGUGAAAGCAGCUGGGGUAUUGGAGCGAAAGCCCGCUGUUAGUACUGCUCGGUCAAGACAGCCUCCCUUUGUUGAACUGGCAUGAGGGAAGAAGCAAGCCUUUAACGUGAUAAAAGAACAAAAGAUCGAAAGCCCGUUGAGAUACGCCAGCCUUUGCAAGGUGGGUUAGUCACCCAAGACUAACCAGUAAGUGGCUUUAUGGACACUGCAGAUAGAGAAGGCCUCCGUGUAGCAACCACCUGCUCACAGCUGCUAUGAACCCGAUAAUGACCGAAAUGACCCCUCCACUCUAUUUUUGUGUUGUUUUUGCACAGACUCCGGAAAAGUGAAGGCUGCCAAUCCGAGUAGUACUCAAAUGUGAGGAACUGCUGGUCUUGGAUUUUUUUUCCAUUAAAUUCAGCUGAUCAUAUUGAUCAGUAGAUAAACGUAAAUAGCUUCAAAUUUUAAAAGUCAAAUUGCAGUGUUUUUUCACUGUAUCAAACGAUGUCCGUGCUUUAUUUAAUAAAUCUCUUCUGUAUCAUGGCAUUUGUCUACUUGCUUAUAUAUUACAUUGUCAAUUAUGCAUUUGUAAUUUUACAUGUAAUAUGCAUUAUUUGCCAGUUUUCUUAUAUAGGCUAUGGACCUCAUGUGCAGAUAGAAAGACAGAAAUCUAGCUCUACCACAAGUUGCACAAAUGUUAUCUAAGCAUUAAGUAAUUGUAGAACAUAGGACUGCUAAUCUCAGUUCGCUCUGUGAUGUCACGUGCAGAAUGUACAAUUAACUGGUGAUUUCCUCAUACUUUUGAUACUACUUGUACCUGUAUGUCUUUUAGAAAGACAUUGGUGGAGUCUGUAUCCCUUUUGUAUUUUUAAUACAAUAAUUGUACAUAUUGGUUAUAUUUUUGUUGAAGAUGGUAGAAAUGUACUAUGUUUAUGCUUCUACAUCCAGUUUGUACAAGCUGGAAAAUAAAUAAAUAUAACGUAAA